UGCCUACAACAUAAUAAGCUAGACGGACACACACACACACACACACACACACACACACACACGCAUACACACACACACAUACACAUACAUACAAAAAUCAACACAUACGCACGCAGAGUUAAAGUAACUGAGAUGCGUAGGAAAACGAGUCAAGCCGAAGUAAAAGCAUGGUCAGAAAAAUAAUCGGCAAGUAACGUAUAGGAUAUUGUUAUAAUAGUAGUAGCUUGUAAAACAAAAGGCAUUAAAACAAAAAGCAAAUCCGGGAAGAAGUGCAGGACAGACGAAGAAAAGGAGAGAGAAGUAAAUGAAUGCGCGUCACGUGACCCUAACUAGUAAAGCUCGCAGUUGUCUCAGGUACUGAGCUUCGUCAUCAAAGCUAGAUGUGUCACUAACGUAAUAACUACGAUGAGUUUCCGACUAACACUUAUAUACACACCUUAACUCGAUGUAGAUCGCCUUUUGUUUGUUGUCUCUUCAAUUCAUUAACAUUCUCUGACCAGCUUCUACUCGUUCUUUUUGUAUGUAUAUUUAUAUAUAUAUAUAAAAGUAACACGAAUACAAAAUUAUAAAUUGAUGUUUCGUUGUACAUCAUUUCAAAAAGUGUAGUUCUUUUUGUUUUCGUAAUUUUUUUUUUGUUAAUUAUCUUUUCUAAACCGCUUUGCUGAAGUUGCUUAUUUUCAUCCUUAAUGGUUUAAAGUUUAAGAAAAAGAAAGAAAAAAAAUGAACCGAAGAAAAAAGUGAAGGAAAAGAGGAAAACAAACGAUAACGCGAAGUUUUUUUUUAUAUAUAUAUAUAAAUAUAUAUUGUAUAUAAUUAUUAUACUUUUAGAAAAUUUGCAAAAGAGAAAUAACGAUAUGUAUAUGUGGAAGCGAAUAGUUUUAAUUUCUUUCAUAACAGCGAGUUUUUUAACUCUUGUUGUUGUGGCAGCCCUAUCAGAUAGUCUGGAUUUUAAAACUUUAACUGUACCUUUAUUCGAAGUGGGUGAAUUUUGCAAGCAUGCUGUGUCCACUGUAACUACAGAUGGCUGGAGUGACCUGCUUGCACGCAAUUAUCUGGACUUUUUCCUUUUGUUUCGUAUUGGAGUAUACGCCACCCUGGCUUAUGUGACCAUUAGUAUUUUGCGCUGGCUACACCAGUUUCUCUUCUGCACCAUGGAUCGGACACGUGUACUGGGGACCACUGGAUAUGUACCCGAUGGUGUACUCAGUAUGAAAGAAAUCGCUAACGGUGUACGUCGGCGAAGACGAGUCGGGGAUAUUCCACCUGUUUAUCCCAAUGGCUGGUUCGGAUUAAUUGAAUCUCACAAACUGGCAAUCAGACAGACUGUUCCUAUAAGUAUAUUAGGUUUAAACCUGGCCUUAUUUCGUGAUGAAAAAGGGAAUGCUCAUGCUUUGAAUGCUUACUGUCCACAUCUUGGAGCUCACUUGGCUGUAGGAGGAAGAGUUCUUGGCAAUUGUAUUGAAUGUCCAUUUCAUGGAUGGCGCUUUCGUGGGGACGAUGGCAAAUGUGUAUAUAUUCCCUAUGCUGAUAAAAUACCAGAUGUGGCACAGGUCAAGUCGUGGCCUAUACAAGAUGUUAAUGGAUGGAUAUAUCUUUGGUAUCACGCUGAAGGCUUGGAACCAACAUGGCUUAUUCCCGAAAUUGAAGACAUAGUCAAAGGUAACUGGACCUACAAGGGACGCACAGAGCAUCAUGUUAAUGCCCAUAUUGAGGAAAUCCCUUUGAACGGUGCCGAUGUGAUUCAUUUGAACCAAGUCCAUGGACCAGGUCUUGUAGCUGGUGUAGAUCUAAGACACAUGUAUACCAGAUUCUGGGAAUUCAUAAAACAUAUUUGGACUGCAACAUGGGAACCCUAUCCACCACCUGAUGGUCAUCUUGCUUCCAUAACAUUAAAACAUUGUCUAAACCUGUGCGGAGUUCCAUUUAAAAUGCUCAAUUUAGAUGUAUUUGCCAGACAGAUUGGACCAGCAAUUGUCUACUUGGAGUUUCAGAGUAUAUUUGGUAAAGGAAUAUAUAUCCAGAGUGUCAUUCCAACUGAACCAAUGGUGCAGAAAGUUGUUCAUAAUAUCUAUGUUAGCAAAAGUGUGCCUACACUAUUUGCAAAGUUUCUUUUAUUAGCAGAAGCUAUUCAAUUUGAACGUGACAUCAUGAUCUGGAACAACAAGCAGUACCAACACAAACCUGUUUUUGUGAAAUCAAAAGAAGAUUCCCUGAUGAUGAGACACAGAAGAUGGUUCUCCCAGUUUUAUUCAGAGAAUAGUCCUCGGAUGACAUUUCAGAAAGAAAGCCUAGAUUGGUGAUCCAACAAUUUCUUUCAGCAGACACUUUUCUUAACUAACCUAACAUUUUCCUCAUGUACAAAUGAUAUGAACCGACUCUUAUCAUGUCUCUCUCUGACUCACCAAAGAUGAGUUGUGAUUUUAUUGAAAGCAAGAUAUUAAUACUUGUUCAACUAUUUUCUCCCCCACCACCCUGCUCCACUUCCUACAUCCAGGGCUCAGAGUAAAGUUGUAUUUUUCUUUUUAUUUAAAUAUAGUCCAUUUUAUUUUUUUAUUUUUGGCUUUUAUUUUUUAGUGAGAAUUAAUUACUUAAUUAACUUCAUCAAGUAAUUUUAAUAUUUCAUUUUUAAAUGAAACUGUAAGAUAAAGAUAUAUUUGGAGUGAAUUUGUUGUCUUCUUCUGAAAAAAUGCAAUAGGGGG